AUGUUUUCCAUUGACCAUGCUUGGGUUUUUGCCUUUGGUAUUUUAGGUAACAUUCUUUCCUUUAUGGUGUAUCUUGCCCCGGUACCAACAUUUUCCAGGAUUUUCAAGAAAAAAUCAACUGAAGACUUUCAAUCAGUCCCAUAUGUGGUUGCACUCUUUAGUUCCAUGUUGUGGAUAUACUAUGCAUGGCUCAAAUCCAAUGCUAUCCUCCUCAUCACCAUUAACGCGGCCGGUUGUGUCAUAGAGACCAUUUAUAUUGCCUUGUACAUUGUUUAUGCACUAAAAAGUGCCAGGAUUCUGACGUUGAAAUUAUUACUACUUCUGAAUUUUGGGGGAUUUUGGUCGAUUAUGAUUCUCACAAUCUUCUUCUUAAAAGGAUUGAAUCGAGUUCGAGUAGUAGGAUGGAUAUGUAUGGCACUGUCUGUGAGUGUAUUUGCAGCACCUUUAAGUAUCAUGGCACAGGUCAUACGCACCAAGAGUGUAGAGUUCAUGCCAUUUUGGCUGUCAUUUUUCCUCGCAAUGAGUGCUGUCAUGUGGUUCUUUUACGGUUUACUACUAAAGGACAUCUAUAUCGGGGUUCCGAACGUUGUGGGAUUCGUACUAGGACUACUUCAAAUGCUACUCUACACCAUCUACAAGAACCACAAGAAGUCUGCAGAGGAGCAGAAACUACCUACUAUGGUGAAGUCAAGCACUUUUGAGGUACAAACAGUUUGCUGCCUUCCCAAUUUUGACGAAAACAGAGAUGCCAAAGACCAAACCAAGCAUGAUCAAGGGGAAUCCGAGUAUAAAAGUAUCGACGCCUCGAAUCAAGUUUAA